AUGAAGCUAAGCAAGAACCAACUAAGGCGAGCGAAGAAGAAGGCUCAAAAAAAUGAUACUACACAUGAAAAUCAAGACUCACUUGCUACUGGAGCUCAGCCGGAAGAGAAAUCAUCAGCAGUGAGCAUUGAUGAUAGCAGUACCUUGCGCGAGUCAACAUUAUCGCCCGAUCUUGGUGAUCCUUUGUGGCAGAUUUAUCAAGGUAUCGCCCAUAGGUUUGACGAAGCCGAAAGCGACACAUUGCCUGCCAAGGAACACGAAAAACCUGAGGUAUAUUUCGAUGAUGACAAUGAGAUACCGGACGAAGAUGAGGGCGAGCCAAAGUUGUCAAAGAGGAAGCGCAAAGAAAUGAAUAAGCUCUCAGUAGCUGAGUUAAAGGCAAUGGUUCGAAAACCAGAGAUAGUCGAAUGGACAGAUACAUCAGCUCCCGACCCCCGCCUUCUCGUUCACAUAAAGGCUCAUCGGAAUGUCGUUCCCGUGCCUUCUCACUGGUCCUUGAAACGCGAAUAUCUUUCAUCAAAAAGGGGAGUUGAGAAGCCGCCAUUUUCGCUGCCCAAGUUCAUUCAGGAGACAGGAAUUUCAGAGAUGCGCGACGCCGCUUUAGAAAAACAAGAACAAUCGACUCUGAAGCAAAAAACAAGGGAAAGAGUACAGCCCAAGAUUGGAAGGUUGGAUAUCGAUUAUCAAAAGUUAUAUGAAGCUUUCUUCCGAUUUCAGACAAAGCCCGAACUCACUCGCUAUGGUGAAGUCUACUAUGAAGGCAAAGAAUACGAAACAAACCUUAGACACUUGCGCCCAGGUGAACUGAGUCAGGAAUUGAAAGAGGCACUCAACAUGCCACCAGGUGCCCCGCCCCCCUGGUUAAUCAACCAACAGCGAUAUGGACCACCGCCAUCAUAUCCUGCCCUCAAAAUUCCAGGCCUUAAUGCUCCACCACCUCCUGGCGCUAUGUGGGGUUACCACCCUGGAGGAUAUGGAAAACCCCCAGUCGAUGAGCAUAACAGGCCUCUUUAUGGUGGCGACAUAUUUGGUGUUCUUCAACCCCAGCAAAAUAUGCAGCAAGGUGAACCUGUCGAGAGAGAAUUGUGGGGCGAACUACAGGCACCAGAAGAAUCAGACGAGGCGAGCGAAGAUGAAGAACAGGAAGACGAUGACGACGAAGAAGAAAGUGAGGACGAGACUGCAGAACAGCUCAUGGAUACCGGAUUACAAACACCUAGUGGACUUGAAACACCGGGCGGUGUGGCCUCAGUUGUCCCAUCCGAGUUUUCAGGAACCGAGAAUGCAACUGGUGAGUUUGACGUGCGUAAACAUCACCGUGGAACGCGAACAGAAGAAUCUACGCAACCGAGAAGUGCUUUCCAGGUUAUUCCAGAGAGACAAACUCACGUACAGGGAUUUUUUGGGGGCGACAAAGUAUACAACUUGAACGUCGCCUCGGAUGAUCUUCCUGUGCUUGGAGCUGAGGAACAUAACCGGAAGCGUAAGAAACCUGGUGACGUCGAUGUGUCCAUGGAUCCAGAUUCACUGCAGGCCAGUGAUGGAAUAAGCAGAGAAGACCUGCAGAGUUUAUACGAAUCCCAGAGACAGCAAGGGCAUCACCCUGGUUGGGAAUUCCAAGAGGAUCUAAGUGACAUGAUUGCGCAGGAAAGUCGGAAAAGGCUUAGGAAAGAGGAGGAAAGACGAGUCAAGCACUGA